GAUCCUUCUCCUGCCCCAGCCUGGAGCGGCGGCGGCGGCAGCCCUUCUGUCACGAUGCUGGCACUGCGGCUCGGCCCGGCUUUCCUGCUGCUCCUCAGCUACUGCUGCCCCGCGUCUCUCGGACAGUCGGCCGCCCCCGCCGGCUGCCCGCCCUGCGCCCCGGCUGAGUGCCCCGUGCUGCCGCCCCGGCGCUGCCCCCUGGGCAAGGUGCGCGACAGCUGCGGCUGCUGCUGGCGCUGCGCGCGCGGCGAGGGCGAGGCGUGCGCCCCCGGUGCCCUCGGAGGGGGCGCCGCCGAUUUGGGGCGCUGCGCGAGCGGCCUCGAGUGCCGCCGUCGAACCAAGGGCCGCGCGGUCGGCGUGUGCGUCUGCAAGAGCCGCUACCCGGUGUGCGGCAGCGACGGCCUCACCUACCCCAGCCCUUGCCAGCUGCGGGCGGCCAGCCUGCGCGCCGAGAGCCGUGGCGAGCGCCCCGUCGGGCAGCGCAGCAAGGGGCCUUGCGAGCAAGGACCAUCCAUCGUGACACCUCCUAAAGACAUCUGGAAUGUCACCGGGGCUCAGAUUUUUCUAAGUUGUGAAGUCAUUGGAGUUCCAACUCCAAUACUCACCUGGAACAAGAUAACAAAGGGUCAGUUCGGUGUUCAAAGAAUGGAACUUCUUCCAGGAGAUCGUGACAAUUUAGCUAUCCAGAUUCGUGGUGGUCCUGAGAAACAUGAAGUGACUGGAUGGGUGUUGAUAUCUCCUUUGAGCAAUGAUGAUGCUGGAGAAUAUGAGUGCCAUGCUUCAAAUGCUAAAGGAGAAGCCACAGCCUCUUCAAAAAUUACUGUGGUUAAUUCUUUCCAUGAAAUACCUACAAUAAAAGGUGCAGGUGCUGAUCUGUGAAAUGAGAAGAUUGAAUAUUGCUUUGGAGGAGUAGAGCUCUCUCAUUGAUGCCAAAUUUAUAUUAAUCUUCUAGAAAACUGCUGUUCUUUCCUAAACAAAUCAUGCCUCUCUAGGCACUCAUUCCUGUGCAAUUUUUGCUGAAAUACCAAUAAAGUAUUUGACAAGUGA